AUGAUAUCCGAACGCGACCUGUUCACGUAUACAUCCGGCCGUUACCUUUAUAACGAGAAGCUUCGCCUUGCCGGGAGAUAUGUCGAGUUCAAUGUCGAGGCGUUAAAAAGGAUUGCUGCUAAAGCUGUCGACCGAGACUCAACCGCCAGUAUCAAAAAGCUCGCAGAAGGUGGUUUCAACAGAGUGUUUCUUCUUACUAUGAAUGAUGGCUUCGAGGUCAUUGUGAAGAUACCGUAUUUGCUAGCAGUACCACAAAAACUGACUACCGAAAGCGAGGUUGCUACUUUGGACUUUUUGCGGGGGAAAAGCAUACCCGUUCCCAAGGUAUAUGCUUGGUCAUCCGACAAAGAGAAUGAGGUCGGAACCGAGUAUAUCGUUAUGGAAAAGGCUACUGGUAAACCAUUGACCGAUCGAUGGUUUAAUAUCACUCCCAAAGAGAUGUUGAAGUUGGUGACGAGUUACGUGGAUAUCGAGAAGAAGCUUUUUUCGUUUCCAUUCGCAGCUCACGGAAGCUUGUACUAUAAAGAGACAUUACCCCAGAAUCUUAGGGUUGAUCUCUAUUCGCCGGGAGAGCUAGGAGAUGACAGGUUUUGUAUCGGCCCCGUCACGGAUUACAUGUUCUGGCGUGGAAAACGUGCAAAUUUUGACUUGAAUCGAGGCCCUUGGCAAGAUCAUUGUCAAUACCUACAAAGUAUUGGUGAGCGGGAACUAGAAUGGACUAAAAAAUUUGGCAAACCUCUGAUGAACGACUUUCCCCACAAUGCUCUGGAAAACAUACCACGCGAGAUAUCGCAAGAUGUCUACAUCGACUUGCUCAAAAAGUAUCUAUCCUUAGCUCCAUAUAUAUUGCCUCAAGAUCCCACCGACCCUAUGAAUAAACCGACUCUGCGUCACCCAGGUACGUUCUCUUGUGCGUCGUAUUUACUGGCAGAGCUAACGAGGGUAGACCUUAACCCAAGCAAUAUCUUUGUUUCUGAAGAAGGCGAAAUAACCUGUCUCAUUGACUGGCAAUAUGCUGCUGUCCUGCCACUUCUACUGGUCGCAGGGAAUCCACCAAUGUUUGACAACCCAGACUCCGAACCACCAAAAGAUCUGGAGAAACCAUCUCUACCGCCAGACUAUGAUACCCUAAGUGCAGAAGAAAGGGAGCACGCGGAUGAACUCCACAGACAAAGGAUGCUUUUCUGGCUGUACAUGGUAUUCAACGGAAGAGACAACAAACCUCACCUCACAGCUCUUCGGUACCCAUUGCUGAUGCCGCGACAGCACCUCGUUGACAGAGCAGGACGCCAAUGGACUGGGAACUUUAUCACCUUGAAAGGUGCGAUUCUUAGGGUGGUUUCCAAUUGGCAUAUAAUUCUUGGAAAACGUGCAGGAACUAUUGAAUGUCCUGUCAAUUUCACUAAGGAGGAAGAAGAAGAGUUCUAUGCUAUCGAAGAGCAAUGGUUUCAGUUCAACAUUCUAACAGAACAUUUGCGUUCAAAGUUAGAUCAUCUAAGUGAAGAUGGUUGGGUGAGGAAUGAAUCAUACGAUAAAGUAGUUGCCUUGAACAAAGAGUUCAAGGAAGAAUGGUUGGCUCGGGGAGAGGAUGAUGAUGACCGGUUCCUUGUUGAGAAAGGUUGGCCGUUCCAAGAUCAUGAGGAGGUCGACUAA